GGCUGAAGGCCGAAAUCCGAAUGCGGAAUUAUUGUUUUGGAUUGUGUCUCCGAGACUGAAUAUUUUUUUUAAAAUAAGGGUUAUGGAAAUUUUCUUAAAAUAAUAUAAGGCCUAUAAAAAAUGCAGUUGUUUUCUGGUUUAAAAAUAUAUCAUCUCAAUAAAAUAAUGAAUAAAACAUUUUUGCGUAGAAGUAAAACCAUAGGAUUUUGGAUAAGGUUUCGCCACAAAGCAUCCGCCGAGUUGAGAGACGAAAACAACCCUAAAAUAUCGCAAGAUGUAUUGAAAUUCUUAUACAACAAUGAUGAUUACAAGGAUUUAAUAGAUAGAAUACCUAAGAAUUUAUUAAAAAGGUACAAAACACCAGAAACCAUGUACAUGAUAAACAAAAAGUCUGCUAAACUUAUUUGCGAUACUGUUAAAUGCCACUUUGAUAAGAAUGCACCUAUAGUUGAAGUAAACCCUGGAUUUGGAUUUUUGACAGAAGAAAUUCUGCAGUGCCAAGAAAAUCCUGUAUAUCUCUAUGAACAUGCCAAAUAUUUUGAUCCCUUUCUCUGUGAAUUGCAAAAAAAAUAUCCAGGAAGAAUCAAUUACAAAAUAGCGGAUUUUUUCGGUAUGUGGAAAUUAGCAUUCAUGGAUAAGAUGGAUGAAGGUACAAGGAUACAAGAGCUACUUGGUGACUUAGCAUCUCAAAGCCCUAGUAAAACACUGAAAAUAUUAGGAGCCAUGCCGGGCUUAUCCUUUGUAAAACAUCUAAUUAAUACAAUUGUCUUUCACAACACAACAAAUGAGAUCGGACACCCAGACUUAUUUAUUAUAAUGCCUGGACAUCAUUAUGAGUUCCUCACUGAUAGUUCAAUUCAAUUAGGCAAACAUAGAACUGUGCCAUCUUUAUUUCAAUUAUUAUUCUCCUUUAAAAUUUUAACCAAAGUGCCUAAAUUACAUUUUUUGCCAUGGAGUGUUCAACAGAGCAACAAAAAGCCCUCAUUGAUGGAUGAUCAUUUCUUGUAUUUAGUAAAUAUAACACAAAAGGAGAAACUGCCGUGUCCACCGGAGUAUUUACCACUGUUGUGGUAUUAUUUCAAGCCACAGACCUUCUCGAAAACCACAAGAGUCAUUCCAAUGUUGGAACAAUGGAUACCUGGCUGUGGAGUGUGGCUGAUAACAGGCCAGGAUCCUCCAGACACAAUCCAACAUAUUGUGUCAAGUAACGACGCUGCGCUGCCACAUAUGACUAUAUUCACCGAAUUCGGAGAUCUCUCAUUACAACAGAAACUCACUCUUUUCAAAAGAUUUGUGUCCUGGCCGGAGUUUGAACAAUGCCCGUUCAGGUCAACUAUGGAGAGUAAUUUACCAAAGUUUGCCACACAUCUAAACGAUGAUGAAGAUAAAAGUGAAGCUCAUUUUGAAGAGCUAGAAAACUCGGAUUCAGAAAAUGAGCCGGAAAAUUUAUGAUGAAUAAAAGUUAAAAAUAAAAUUA